CGACGAAGCCGAUUGCAUCGUUUGUAGAAGUUGUAAUUACUUUUUUAUCAAACAGUAUUUGAAUCACUACAAUAUCUUAUGUGACGAUUACUUCGUAAAUUGUUAUCAUUAAGUUAAAAUUUACGUCUUAUUCAUUUCACCAAUAACACACUCGUAUUAAUUACCAAGCUUCCAAGCUUUUGUGUCCUUAUUUUAACUCAGAGAUACUAUGUUAAAUUCUAUACAAUAAUAACUUUAAUAUAUUUAAACAUUUUCUGUCGACAUUCAUAAUUAUACCUAAAUAAAAAUGGCUCAAGUUGAGGAAGCAAUAGAAACAGGAGAUGGGGAAAAUUCGAAUACCUCGUCCAGUGACACCCCAUCGUCGCGAGGCAAAGAAGGCGAUUUUGAAAGCAAGAUCGAAACGGACCGCUCAAAAAGAUUCGAUUUUUUGUUGAAGCAAACCGAAAUAUUCUCCCACUUUAUGACAAAUACUUCCAAGUCUGGUAGUAGUCCUCCGAAAGCUAAAGCCGGUAGACCGAGAAAGAACAAAGAGAUAGAGUCUAGUCCAGGAGACCAUCGUCAUCGUAAAACGGAACAGGAGGAAGAUGAAGAGCUUCUCGCUGAAACAAACACUAAGCAAAAGACUAUUUUUCGUUUUGAAUCAUCUCCACCCUACAUAAAGAAUGGUGAAAUGAGAGAUUAUCAGGUGAGAGGCUUAAACUGGAUGAUAUCACUGUAUGAAAAUGGAAUCAAUGGUAUUCUGGCUGAUGAGAUGGGUCUCGGAAAAACAUUGCAAACUAUUUCACUCCUGGGCUAUAUGAAAAAUUUUAAGAAUGCACCAGGCCCACACAUAGUGAUAGUACCUAAAUCAACAUUAACCAAUUGGAUGAAUGAGUUUAAAAAAUGGUGUCCCUCCCUAAGGGCAGUUUGUUUAAUUGGUGACCAGGAGACAAGGAAUACCUUUAUUCGUGAGACACUUAUGCCUGGGAAUUGGGAUGUCUGUAUCACGUCUUAUGAAAUGAUCAUCCGAGAGAAGUCCGUCUUUAAGAAAUUUAAUUGGAGGUAUAUGGUGAUAGAUGAAGCUCACCGUAUUAAGAAUGAGAAAUCCAAGUUGUCGGAGUUUCUGCGUGAGUUCAAGAGUAUGAAUCGUCUUUUGUUGACUGGUACACCUUUACAGAACAACCUUCACGAAUUGUGGGCACUUCUUAAUUUCCUUCUACCUGAUUUCUUCAAUAGUGCUGAUGACUUUGAUGCAUGGUUCAACACAAAUGCUGCCUUAGGGGAUAACCAACUAGUUUCUAGACUGCAUGCUGUUUUAAGACCUUUCCUACUUAGACGUCUGAAGUCAGAAGUAGAAAAGAAACUAAAGCCUAAGAAAGAAUUAAAGGUUUAUGUUGGAUUGAGCAAAAUGCAGAGAGAAUGGUACACUAAAGUUCUUAUGAAGGAUAUUGAUGUGGUAAAUGGAGCUGGUAAGGUGGAAAAGAUGCGCUUACAAAACAUUCUCAUGCAGCUGAGGAAAUGCUGUAAUCACCCAUACCUGUUUGACGGUGCGGAACCCGGCCCUCCGUACACAACUGAUGAACAUCUGGUGUACAACUGUGGAAAACUGGCUAUUCUCGACAAACUGCUGCCUAAACUCCAAGAACAAGAGUCCAGAGUGUUAAUCUUCUCGCAGAUGACUAGGAUGCUGGAUAUUCUAGAAGAUUAUUGCUUAUGGAGACAGUAUAAGUACUGCCGGCUUGAUGGUCAAACACCACAUGAAGACAGAAACAGGCAGAUAGAAGAGUACAAUGCACCGGGCAGUGAGAAGUUCAUAUUCAUGUUGUCAACUCGAGCUGGAGGUCUCGGUAUCAAUCUUACAUCAGCCGACGUGGUCAUCAUAUAUGAUUCAGAUUGGAAUCCACAGAUGGAUUUACAGGCUAUGGACCGAGCUCAUCGUAUUGGUCAGAUGAAGCAAGUAAGGGUGUUCCGUCUUAUCACCGAAAACACAGUGGAGGAGAAAAUCGUAGAACGUGCGGAAGUGAAGCUGCGCUUGGACAAACUUGUCAUCCAGUCUGGUCGUCUCGUCGAUCAGAAGAACCAGCUGAACAAAGAUGAAAUGUUGAACAUGAUCCGACACGGUGCUAACCACGUCUUCUCAUCCAAAGACUCUGAAAUCACCGAUGAGGAUAUAGACUCGAUAUUGGCUAAGGGCGAGACAAAGACAGAAGAAUUGAAACAAAAGUUGGAGAGCUUGGGAGAGUCGUCGUUGCGUGCCUUCUCCAUGGACACGCCUGGAGCCACCACAGAUUCUGUGUAUCAAUUUGAAGGUGAGGAUUAUCGCGAGAAGCAAAAGAUAAUUCCGAUCGGUAGUUGGAUCGAGCCUCCCAAGAGAGAGCGUAAGGCCAACUACGCCGUGGACGCGUACUUCAGGGAGGCUCUGCGAGUGUCGGAGCCCAAGGCGCCCAAGGUACAGGCACCGAGACCACCGAAGCAGCCCAUCGUACAGGACUUCCAAUUCUUCCCGCCAAGACUGUUUGAGCUGUUGGACCAAGAGAUAUACCACUACCGUAAAACGCUCGGGUACAAAGUCCCCCGUAAUCCGGAACUCGGUCCAGAGGCGGCCAAGAUCCAGCGCGAGGAGCAGCGCAAGAUCGACGACGCUGAGGCCCUCACCGAGGAGGAGGUACAAGAGAAGGAACAACUCCUCACACAAGGGUUUACGAAUUGGACAAAACGUGAUUUCAAUCAAUUUAUCAAAGCAAAUGAAAAAUACGGGAGAGAUGAUAUUGAGAACAUUGCAAAGGAUGUUGAAGGGAAAACCCCGGAAGAGGUUAUUGAAUACUCAGCAGUAUUUUGGGAAAGAUGUCACGAGCUUCAAGACGUCGAUAGAAUAAUGGGGCAAAUCGAAAAGGGUGAAGCCAAGAUCCAAAGACGGGCGUCUAUCAAGAAAGCGCUCGACGCCAAGAUGGCGAGAUACAGGGCACCUUUCCAUCAACUGAGAAUCUCGUACGGCACGAAUAAAGGCAAAAAUUACGUCGAAGAAGAGGACAGGUUCCUGGUGUGCAUGCUACAUAAACUGGGUUUCGACAAGGAGAACGUUUAUGAAGAGUUACGGUCAGCGGUUCACGCGGCGCCUCAGUUCCGAUUCGACUGGUUCCUCAAAUCUCGCACUGCUCUUGAACUACAACGAAGAUGUAACACCCUCAUCACUUUGAUUGAAAGAGAAAAUCAAGAGCUAGAAGAAAAGGAGCGAGCAGAGAAGAAAAAGAAGGUCGGUAAUGUGAACCAGAAUACCCCAGGCGGUAACGCCACGGGGAAAGGCGCAAACGCCGGAAAACGCAAGGCCGAAAACACCCCCGACAACUCUCAGAAAAAUAAGAAGAAAAAGAAAUGAUUACUAAAGUAAUAUUCCCGAUUGGUCUCUGUGAAGCGCCACAAAUAAUAAUUUUAGUAAUAUUUAAUUAAUGCUCAUAAGUAUGAUAAAGAUUAGGCUUACCUCGAGUAUUACAAUAAGAUAAAAAAGGUGUUAACAUUCCUUUUCCACAAUAGUGAAGAUUGAAAUAUUACUUACUGUUUUUACCUAAAUUAUACAUCAUGUGAAAUUAA